AGCAAAGAUGGUCUUUAGGAGAGUUCUUAAUUUUACUGCCAAGGAAGCUAAACAACCUUUCACUUUGAUGAUUUUCACUCAACCUGAAACUAAACCAUACAUACUUUAUAAUGAUCUGUUCCCAGUGGCCUGGAAAGUAAUUACUUUCAAUGAUAGUUCUUCUCAUGCCUCGGUCGUGUUUGAAAUGAAUUUGAAAGCUUUUGUUUCGCAUAAAACUCAAGGAAAUGUGGUCCGAGCUGCAACUUCAAAGGAUGUUUCUGAAGGUCAAUCGGUGUCUGUUGUGAUGGCUGGAAAUCUUGAUGCUCCAAUUUUCAAAGAAUCAAGUGGAGUAGCCGUUCCAGGAGCAACUGUUCACAUUGAGAACAAUACUGGAUCCUUCCAAAGUCUUGGUUUGAUGAUUAGUGGCACUCCAGCUGUUUUAUUUCCCAAUGUUGGUCCUGAAAACAAUGUCGAAAUCAAAAUGUCUCCAAAGAUUUAUUUGGCUGUCAAUCAAACUCAUUUUGAAGCUGGUGGUAUUAUCAGAUCUCAUCCAAACACUGUAUCCUGUAUUGAUUUGAGUACAUUUCACAAAGACAGUGUUGAUGUUGCUGUUGGUCAGGAUGAAAAUGGUUUUUGGACAAUCACUACCAAUUAGAAAACUGAGAAAUCUAAGUUUUCAAGUUUGUUCAUUAUUUUCAGUAAAUUAAAUUCCUUCUUUC